AAAACACUCCUCCUUGGACUCCCGUCUGCUAAUUCGCGCGCACUCGGAGCCCGCCUGCACGCGUCCGGCCUUCCCCCUCAUGGCGCGCCGACUUACGCAUCCACCCGCGCCUCAGACUCCUCGUCAUCAGUGAGCGGAUCGAGGGAACUUGACCCCAUCAUCGCACUUUGCCGACGACCGUCGCCCGGAAGCUGGCCUCCGCGGCAAACAGCGUCGCAUCCCUGCGAGAACAAGACGAAUUGCUCGCCUUAGCGGCAGGAGAAGGCAUCAGCCUGCAAGCUCUCUCGUCAUGGCCGCUGCUGCUGCAAUGAUGCAGCCUCUCCAGCUGGAUUCAUACAAUCCAGCAAAGGAAGUGUGCGCUCCACCGUCAAUGACAGACCCUCAGGCGCCCGACGCUGCGCUGAAAUCAGGUCGGACCUCCCGUAUCUCCACGCCCAAUACGCCUCUCGCGGCCAGGAGGUCGUCGCUGUCACGCACGCGGACAGAGGAGCAAAUGGCAGGGCCUUCAGACUAUGGUCGAUUGCCCCGUCGACAGUCGACGAGGAUUGCUGAGACUCGAAAGUUUCAAAAGACGACGGCGAGCAAGCCCAACACUCACUCCGCCGAUUCGAGCCUGGACUCGCACGAGCAAUGGCGACGGGUUGCGGACAAUGCCAUCACUCCGGUGCGACCCUCACGUAGCCAUUUACGCCCGUCGUCUCCUGCGCAGCAUCCUUCGCACGUCACCCCUGCCUCACAAGCUUACUCGAACCUGCUCGCGGCGUCCUUGAGCACACCGGAGCUUCACCUGUCCUCAGACCCACUUCUAGAUGAAGGACUUCGCGUCAUUCAGACACCCCGCGACGCGUUCCAGGGCUUCGCGUGGCCUGCUGCCACCACAGGCGAUAAACGUCCGCUCGAUGCACUCGACGGUGUUCCACCGCAUACGACUGCCAGAAUGCUAAAUGGGCCUCUGCCCAGCAUUGGCUCUGUAGUUGACAGUCAGCUGAGCCCUCGUGAGCGCAAACACAGCACUGCUACGGUGCGAAAGCAGCCACAUGCCGGCACGCAGAGCUCGUUGCAUGGUAGUUGUAGCUCCUCGGCCACGGUGCAAGCCUCGCCACACCCGGACGAGUUUGGUUCCAGAAGCAACACGGCUGCAAAUUCUCCCCAAACCACUCCAUCGCGUCGUGAGGAGAAGCGACGCUCUAGCGCAGGCCUUCAAGAGCCAUCUUUCCGACACCCACGGACCUGGUUUAACCGACCACGGAGGUGGAGCACAGCGUCGAAGACCUCAACGGACAUCAAUAGUCCCACCGCGUCACCUGCGCCCUCGCCAGUGAUCGCGUCGACCAGCUCAGAAGGAUUUCCAGUCCUGGGAAAGUAUUCUCCAUCAUCUAAUCUCUCUACAGAUGCAGAAUCUAGCUCGGUGCUCUCGACGCGGCGAAGCAGUACUGUGGAAGCUCUGGAGUUGGUGCGGGGUGCAAGAGCUUUCCUCGUUGGUGAGCUAGGCCGGCUCUCCACUGAUGCUAUGGGCGAAGACCGCGAAAGAAUAGCAAGCCUUGCUUGGUACGCUAGGCAGCAAGAGGCGGAAGCCGACGGAGUCGCGAUCGACUCGACUCAAGAGAUGCGCGAGUUUUGCGUCAGCAUUUCGGAUGGAGUUGUUCUUUGUCUGGUUGCAAAUAU